AUGCUUGAUCUUGAUCAAACCAUUGAAAUUAUUCAAGAUUGUAAACAUGUACCCGAAGCGGAUGUAGAAGAACUUUGUACGAAAGCUAUAGAAUUACUUAUCGAUGAGGCUAAUAUACAACAAGUAGACACCCCAGUUACAAUUUGCGGAGAUAUUCAUGGACAACUCCAUGACCUUUUAACUUUAUUUAAGACAGGUGGAAAAUGCCCUGAUACCAGGUACCUAUUUUUAGGAGAUUUUGUAGAUAGAGGAUUUUACUCAUUAGAGUCGUUUCUUUUAUUGCUUGCAUUGAAAGUGAGGUACCCUGAUAGAAUCACACUCAUACGAGGGAACCAUGAACUGAGACAAAUUACAACGGUGUACGGUUUCUAUGAUGAGUGCAUCAGAAAAUAUGGAUCAGUAAACGUUUGGAGGCACUGUUGUGAAGUAUUCGACUACCUAUCGUUGGGCGCAGUAGUAGGUGGUAAAGGUGGGGUAUUUUGUAUACAUGGAGGCUUACUGCCUGAUAUAGAAACCAUAAACCAAAUUAGAGUAUUAGAUAGGAAACAAGAAGUACCACACGAAGGUGGGAUGUGUGACUUAUUAUGGUCAGAUCCUGAGGAUGUUCCAGGAUGGGCCAUAAGCCCGAGAGGUGCAGGUUACCUUUUUGGCAAGAAUGAAGUAGAUAAGUUUUUACAGUUGAACGAUAUAUCGUUGAUUGCCAGAGCACAUCAAUUGGUAAUGGAGGGCUAUAAAGAAAUGUUCGACCAAGGCUUGGUCACUGUAUGGAGUGCACCCAACUAUUGUUAUAGAUGUGGGAAUUUGGCUCUGGUUUUGACUAUAGACGACGAUUUAUCAAGGAAUUAUAAGGUAUUUGAAGCUGCUACACAGGAUGUAACCUCAAUACCGUCGAAGAAACCAGCUUUAGAUUACUUUAUAUAG